AUGUCUGGAGACAACAUUGUGCCAGGCUUCAGGAAUCCAGAGGGCAUGGCUGGUCCCCCGCAACUCAACGUUGGUGCAGCCGAAACGGUCGACUUGACAGAGGACUCGGACGACCCUGGCGACGCCUAUCCGGAGUACUCUUGGCCGGUUCUGCAUUCAUAUCGUCAGCUUAUGCGCCCGGAUUUGACGCACACUCGCUCUCCUUCCUCCUCCGCUGGCUCUUCAGCUUCACCAUCAACUUCGUCUGGCACUGCUUCAGCUCCUAAACCAAUUCUCAAUCAUGCUAUACUGGACGCUGACUUGUCCGAGUCGCCACCACCGCCGCUCUCAGGGUCAGAUGUCAUGAGGAUUGCCAACAGGGCAGCCAUUAACCGCUUAGAUCUCAUGCUGAGCGAUCUGCUCCACGAUCCAUUCAGGAUGUUCAGAUUCGAGCCGCUGGCAAACCAUAACCAGCGCGCUGAUAGCUGCCAGCCAGAGCAAAGUGACCUAUGGAACACUGUGACAUGUGCAAGCUGUGGUAUUAGAGGCCACUAUGCUUCUGAUCAUUGCAACACUUGUGGUUCUCUUGCCCAUCGUACAUGGGACUAUUGCGAACACUGCGGACAAAUCGGCCAUGUCAGCCUCGACCAUUGUGAGAUCUGUGAUGUGCUGAGUUGUGGGGACUGGAGACACUGCGAUCAAUGCGGGCGCCUCGGUCACAGUAGCUCUGAUCAUUGUUUCACGUGUGUGAUGACCUUGGUCACGGGUCAUUCGCGCAUUGCUCCCGCUGUGACCAACUUGGCCAUGCCUACUCGGAUUGUAGCAACGCGAGAGGGGAAGAAUUCUGUUGGACCUGCCGCACUCCUGGACACGGUAAGAAGCAAUGUUUACACCACCGGGACAGUGAGAUUCGUCGUCGAGACCAGGAACAGAAGGUAUUGUCUUCACUGCACCGUCGAAAUCGUUCCCGGCUCCAAUGAGCACAAGAUUCAGGAUUGUCCCUUCAUGACCCAUAAAGUCGGGUGCUUGAACAAGACUCACUAUAAUUUAACAUGUCAAGCAUGGAUCCGACGAUCAUAUACGAACACAUCUACUCAAACAAACCUCGCCGAGUACCUGUCACAGACUGACCCGACUGUUAUUGAAGCUGGAAAUGGCAAGGGCAAGCAGAAAGCUUCCAAUACAGAACUGGUCAGCGUUCCGCCAAACAUCUUUACGGCUGUAUCAUCGGCCACGCAGACUGCUUUUAUUGAGGAGCCAGUCAGUCUCGAAUGGUCCAUGUCUGAAUAUCGUACAUGGAAGGCUGAACAGCAGUCUAAUGUCCCGGAUUUGGGGCGGUCAGAGGAUGAUAUCUCCCAUGACAGAGUUGAGAUGGAACCAGAAACCGUCUUUAGUCGCGCACGUCUCGAUUUCCUUCCAGAGGGAGAUGAUGAAGAGCUAUCCGGCAAGCUGAUUACGCCUCAGAGGUCAAAGAAGCGCUCGUCACUUGCAAUGUCGAGUCACAGCGUGAGCCCAAAACUCUCAUCUUUCAGCUGGCUAAGUCUCUCUACUGCAGGACCUCUCGGAAUGUCGAGCGUCUCAUCACGCGCUUCUCCUAUCCCUUCUGAUGUACCUGAUUCUGGCUACUCUUCUAAUUCUACUCAUCUUUCCAUCAGCUCAAGCCUAUGGGACUCUUCUGACUCUUCAGAGCCUUCUGAUGCUUCUGGCUCUCCUGAAUCUUUCAUCGUUCCAAACCUCUCUCCCUCGGUUUCAUCCUCAGCUUCGUCUUCAGCCGGCCAAGCGUCCGAUGCAACGUCAUUGAUGUCGAGCAGCUCAUUCUCAGUCCCUUCGUCUCCAGGGUCUUCCCACUCAUCAACUCCUAUCCCAGAGAUGACGACUACUAAAACCGCUCUUCAACCAUUGCCUAGUCCUCCGAGUACACCAAGCACCAUCAAUACCACUUUGGACGAAGAGUCCUCGCCUGAAGAUGCAUCCAGCCCAACCCAAUCCGAAACCGACCGCGAAAUUCUCUCCAACUCCAGAACCUGGAAACCACACCUCCCACGCAUAGAAAAGCUCUACGACAACCCCGAUUCCACCACGUCCCCACAAGCUUCCAAAAAGCGCAAACUCCUCCCACAAAACGUGAUCACGAGUUCUGAACGCGGCAUCCCCCUACCCAAUGGCACACAUAUACCUUGGACAACACUGUGUCUCUUUGUUGUUCUCAAUAUUCCAAAUCAUACUGGUGAGUUGGUAUGGAAAGGCGGAUGA